AUGACGCAUCAAAAUCACCAAACAAACGGUGCCAGUCUCGAGGAUUGCCACACAAACUUCUUCGCCUUGACGGAGCUGUAUGGCAUAAAAUGGCGUAAGCUAGUCUGGGGAGAGACGAGCGGCGGCGGCGAGGGCGAGGAGGGCGCCGCACCGCUCGCCGAUCCCGUGAUAAGCAGCUACGCGCGCUGCCUCGCCGGCGACAUCCUGUGCGUGUGGCGGCGCGUGCCGGCCCCGCCGCCGCUCGACAUCGACAUCGGCAUGGCCGCGCCGCCGCCGCUCUCCCUCCGAGCCUCCAAGGAGCUCUGGAUCUUCUGGUACGGCGAGGAGCCCGACCUCAACGGUCUCGUCGCUCCCGAACUCAUCGCCAGCCAAGGCGACCAAGGUUCCUGGGAGAGCGGACUUUCCUACGAGUGUCGCUCCUUGCUGUUCAAGGCGUUGCAUAACUUAAUCGAAAGAUGUCUAUUAUCUCGGGAUUUCGUCAGGCUUGGCAAGUGGUUUGUUCAACCUUACGAUGGCGACGAGGAGGAUGUCGGCAAGAGCCCGUGGCACCUGUCGUUCUCCUUCGCGUUCUUCCUGCACGGCGAGAGCACGGUGUGCGCGUCGGUGGACGUGCGCCAGCACCCGCCCGUGCGCACGCUCACCGCCAAGCGGCUGGCGCGCCUGCACUCGCGGGGGGACAACAAGGUGAUCCUGGCCCCGUUCGGGCUGGAGGGCCGCGUGACGGGCCGCGAGUGGGGCGAGGGCGACGCGGCGACGGCGCGGCUGCUGGACGCGUGGCGGCAGCUGUACCCGCUGGAGCAGGGCUGCGGCGCCGCGGAGGUGGAGUGCGGCGGCGUGCGCAUGCGCUACCCCGUGCCCUACGUGCUGCUCACCGACAUGGAGGAGCCGCGCGCCGCGCCGCCGCCCGCCGCGCACCUGGCCGCGCGCGCGCUCGCCGCGCUCGCCGCGCCGCGCCCGCACCAGACGGCAGAAUUAUGUUACGCUGAGUCGUCGGGUGAUGUGAAUGAAGACUUCUUGGAUCCCACCAGAAAGACACCUUGUACCUGUGCGAAGUGGCGGCGGCGCCGCGCCGCGCGCCCGCGCCCGCCGCCCUUCCACAGAAAGGCGGGCGGCUGCGGGCCGGGCUGCGCGGGCGGCGGCGGCGCGUGCUCGCCCGCCAGCUGCGGCGCCUCGCCCGCCGCGCCCUCGCCGCACGCGCCGCACGCGCCGCUCUCCGCGCUCGCGCCGCACGCGCACCAGACGAGCGUGCCGACGACGCUGCACACGCCGGCGCCGACGCCCGACCCGCUGGCGCCGCCCACGCCCGCGCCGCCCUCCGCGCCGCCUCACAAGAACUACGCGCAGGUACGCGCGGGGGCGGGCGGCGCGCCUGUAGAGCUACUCCGCCGCCCAGCGCUGCCCGCGCCCGAGAAGCGCCUCGACCCGCUCGAGGACGAGCACUCGCUGCACAUGCUCUACGACUACACCACCGUGCACGCCUGGCUGGAGCACCCUGUGAAGCGGUUUAAAAGCAACUCGGCGGGCUUCAGCGAGGAGCUGGCGCUGGGCGCGGCGCCGGGCGACUUGUACGCCGGCCACGACCACACGCGCCUGCCCGCCGCGCGCGUGGACCGCACGCUCGAGGACGUGAAAGAGUACAAGAACCUCUUCACGUCGGACGGUUUAUGUCCGACGCUAAAAGACUUGGAACAGAUAUUUGAUAACUCGGACGACGCCGCAAGCGGGGAUGAGACGGUAAGACUUGUGAGUACGCCGCCCGACUCCAACAAGUCGACGGAGGAGACGCGCUGCGUGGGCGGGCGCUGCGUGCGCGCCGAGGAGCUCAGCAAGAUGUUCCCCACGCCGCCCAGCAUGGAGGCGCACGCGCAGCCCUCGCCCGGCUUCUCGCCGCCCGACGACGCGCCGCAGACGCACGUGCACGCGCACGCGCUGGCGCACGCGGCGCGCGCCACCGGCUCGCCGCCGCCCGACCCCAUCGAGGACUGGUCGUACGUGUUCAAGCCGCCGACGAUGUUUAAGUACGUGGGCUCGUCGAAGUACGCGCCGCUGACGACCCUGCCGAGCCAGUUGCUACCGCCUGUGACGCUCCCGCCGCACGCCGUGUACCGACCCCGCUGGCAGCGAACGAGCAGCGAGCCCGAGCCGGCAGCGGCGGCGGCGGUGGCGGCGGCAGCAGCGGCAGCAGCAGUGGCGGCGGUGGCGGUGGAGAAGCGCCCGCUGGCGGCCGGCGGCAGCUCGGCGCGCACGUCCCCGCGGCCGGCCGGCCCCGCGCCCGCGCCCCCCGCCGCGCCCGCCUCGCCGCGCGCCGCCCCCGUGUGCCCGCUGCUGCUCAACGUGCUGCUGGCCGACACCGUGCUGAACGUCUUCCGCGACCACAACUUCGACAGCUGCACGCUCUGCGUCUGCAACGCCGGCGCGCGGAUGGUUGGCAACAUCCGCGGCGCGGACGCGGCCACCUACCUGCCGAGCGGCGACUGGGGAGGCAGCGCCGACGACGAGCCGUCGCGCUGCUCGUGCGGGUUCAGCGCCAUCGUCAACCGCCGCCUGGCACACCGCGCGGGGCUCUUCUACGAGGACGAGAUGGAGAUCACGGGCCUGGCGGAGGAGCCGGGCGGGCGCGCGCACAGUGCGCUGGGCGACGUGGCGGCCGUGGUGGUGGCGCAGUGCGCCGCGCCCGCCGGCGGGCCCGCCUCGGCGCUGGCGCGGGCCGCGCGCCGGGCCGCCGCGCACGCGCUCGACCCCGACCACCUGCGGCUCAACCUGCUCGAGUAUUCGGAUGGCGGAGCGGCGGCCGCGCAGGCAUUGCGAGCGGCGGCGGGGGGCGCGGCCACGUCCCAGCCCGCCCCCACGGCCGCCACAGCUGGUGCGGCCGGUGCCGUGCAUCGCUGGCCCUUCAUAGGUGCGCGCGCGCCGCGCUCCUCGCGAGACGUCGUCAGAUUAAUGCGACGGUUGCGGCCGUUAUUGCAAGACGCGAUCCAGAAGCGCUGCUGCGGCGCGCGCAUGUGGGACUGCGGCGUGACGGGCCCGCUGACGUGGCGCCAGUUCCACCGACUGGCGGGGCGCGGCAACGAAGACCUGUGCGAGCCGCAGCCAGUGCCACCGCUGCUGGUGGGCCACGACCGCGACUGGAUCUCGCUCUCGCCUUACGCGCUGCGACACUGGGAGCGACUGUCACUCGAGCCCUACUCGUACGCGAGGGACGUCGCCUACGUCGUGCUGGCGGCCGAUGGUGACUACCUGUCUGAACCCGUUAAGACCUUCUUCCGCGAGUUGUCCGCGGCCUACGAGGCGUGCCGCCUGGGUCGACAUCAACCCAUCGCGAGGAUAGCGCGCGACGGCAUCGUGAGGACGGCGCCCAGCGACGAGACGAAUUAUGAAGAAUGGACGGGAGACUUACCUCCUGGAAGAUUAGGGGAAUACAUGAAAGCGUAUGCGGAGACGUUACGGUCUAAUCUUGUACCGCAACUGGCUGCGCUUAACGUAGAUCGAACAUUGUUCGAGAGUAACGGCACGAGCUCAAUGCGUCCGCCCGCGGCGCCCGAGCGGCCCGGCACCCCCGGCGGCGGCGCGGGCGCGGCGGCCGAGCACGAGGCGGAGGGCGGCGGCGCGGGCGCGGCGUGGGAGGAGGACGAGGCGGGCGCGCCGGCGCUCGUGCUGUACGUGGUGGAGCCGCCCGCCGCGCACGCGCACCGCCCGCGCGCGCUCACCGCGCUGCUGCGCCUGGCCGCGCAGGCGCAGCGCCACCUGCACCACCACAACCCGCUCGUCAAGAUAAUAUCGUUGGAGGGCGUGUGCGAAACGUGGGGUUCGCUGGGCGGAAGUGCGGUCGGGGCGGGCGGCGGCGCCGACGUGCGCGCGCUCGCCUUCAGCGUGUUCAGCGGCGCGCGGCGCCUGCUCACGCACACACCUAACGGAAAGUCGCUCACCGGCUUCGGAACCGCUGCCAAUGCGAAUCUCUUCCUUAGCUCGAAGGAUGAGAAGAACCGCGGCCCGUACAAGCUGUUCUCGCCGGCGUGGGUGCUGGCGCCGCCGCGCGCGCUCAAGGAGGUGGCGGAGACGUGGGGCACGGCGUGCGGCGAGCAGGGCUCCGUGCUGUUCCUGGCCUACUGCCUGUCGCACGACCAGCGCUGGCUGCUGGCCGCCGCCACGGACGCGCGCGGCGAGCUGCUCGACACCGCCGCCAUCAACAUACACGUGCCCGCUAGAUCGCGGCGGAAGAGAGGCGGUCCGGCGCGAAGGUUAGGAUUGACAAAACUAAUGGAUUUUACGUUGGGUGUUAUGUCCCAAUCGGCCCAACCAUGGCGACUCGUCGUCGGUCGUGUCGGAAGAAUCGGUCAUGGAGAACUUAAAGGUUGGAGCUGGCUACUAUCCCGCCCAAAUCUGAACCGAGCAUCGAACAUGCUCCGCGAGAUGUGCGGCAGUUGCUCGCUACUGUACCCCACCGGAGCCCCAUGCAUCUUAUCCGCCUGCCUAGUCUCUACCGAGCCCGACUCGUGCCUGCGCCUCAUGGCCGACCGGUUCACGCCCGACGAGCGCUUCUCACAGGCCUCCAUACAGUCCCACCUACACACGCCGCGUGACGUCACCGCUACGCAUAUACUCGUCUUUCCCACGUCUGCCACUACACAGUCGAAUCAAAAUCCAUUCGAGCCACCGAACGCGAACGGCGAGGAGAACGACAUGCUGCUCGGGCUGGACAUGGUGGACGAGGACAUGGGCGAGGAGAACAUCCACGACAUGCUCAGCGACAUGUUCAUGUGGAGCACGAACAGCCCGCGCGCCUCGCCGCGCCGCCUGGAGGACGAGGCCAGCCGCGAGGGCUCGCCGGCGCGCAGCGCGCACCUGCACGCCGCGGGGACCUACUCGCGCGACGACGGCCACCAGCCGGAACAAGUGGGGACCGUUCUGCAGCAGCCGCUGGCGCUGGGCUACCUGGUGUCGACAGCGCCGCUGGGCGCCAUGCCGGGCUGGUGGUGGGCGGGCAGCGCGCACCUGCGCGACGCCUGCCCCGCCUUCCUCAAGAACGCGCUGCACCUGCAGUGCGCCGCCGCGCCGCACGACGACGACUCGCUCACGCAGCGCCGCGACCACAACGCGCAUCCGCUCGACUCUACCACGACUACCGACGUGUUGCGGUACGUGUUGGAGGGCUACAACGCGCUGUCGUGGCUGGCGCUGGACGGCACGACGCACGACCGGCUGUCAUGCCUGCCGCUGCACGUGCAGGUGCUCAUGCAGCUGUACCACGCCGCCGCCGCCGUCGGCUAGCCCGCCGCGCCACUCCGCUCUUCGUGAACGGACGCACGCCCGGCCUCUGCGACCGUGCUCGCUGUCUACGCGACAUCGCUACGACAUCGCUACGACAUCGCUGCGACACACAUACCAAAUGCAGUGCGUCUUUUUUAUUCAGUGAAGUGUUAAUGUUUGAAGUGGACAGUGACAUUCUGCAGCGGUCGAGCGGGUGCGCCAUCUAGUUUUGGUUACCAUUUAUAGUAAUUAAAUUAUUUAUUGGAGUUGAUGUCGAGACUGUCGCAGGUGUGUAUAAAUUACGGUUAAGCUGGAUUGUAUAUGUAUGUUUAAAAAUUCAGAUUAAUUUAUUAUAUUGAUUUUUUAACUAUUUAUUCUGUAUCUGUAAUUUUAUUAGAUACAUAUGAUUUUUUAGGUAUACGUAAACUAUACAGAUGUGCGACAAGUCUUGCUGUUGUUAAAGGUUAUUGAAGUCCAUUGAAUGAAUUAAAAAGUACAACAUAAAACGUACAGAAGUAUUCAACUUAAGCGUCGUUGAACAAGGUUACUUUUGUAGCCGUAAGAUUAUAUAGAUAACAAAGUAUUGUAACUUUUUUCAUAAAAUCUCUUGAGAUUAAACUUUUAGUGACAAUUAGAAUGGAAUGUUUGACUACAAUAAAUUUUGUGAUGAAUUUUACAGUAAUAGGAAUGUAUGAAUUCUUUUCUGAUAGGACUCUCACUCUUCAAAGCAUAUAGAAUUCUUAGAUGAAACAGUACUUAGGUAAAUUAAUUAUAUGGUAUGGCUCGUAGGCAAGGUGGCUUGAAUAGGGACAAGUUAUUGUUGUCAAAGUUCAGUGUUUAGCCGUGGUUGGGGUAGUUGAGCUGGUUUAUGAAUAGUUGUUAUAUUAAAUCAAUUGAUAGAGUGGUAACCCGAUUGUUGUCUCUUAUUAUUGUAACCUGUUCUUUUACAGCAGUUAAUUAAGUUAAUGAAAAACACCAAUAUCUGUUACAGAUAUUAUUAGUACAGUUUGUAGUAAUAAGAGUAAGGUGUGUAGGUUACCACAAUAUUGUACGAAUAUCGAAAUGUUAUAUUAAACAUUUAGAAAAUUUAUAAAAAUAAUAUAAUAGAUAAGCCGGGGAACUAUUAUAAAGAAACAAAUGAAAUCUUACAAAGGUCCAAUUCGGAAUACAAGUUGGUUUUUACUGAGACCAUAGUUUAUGAGAUGUAAGUCUCUUUAGGGCAUUUCAUUUUCAUCUGUACUCAUAUGUAUAAGAUUUCUUCCAUUGUAGUCUUUCGAAAAUAAAGAAAUCAUUCUUCCGUGAUCUCACACUCCAUUGUAAGAAUUGUAAACCUCAUUUUAUAUAGAAUAGUGACCCAUUUUUACUGUGACUUGUAGUGUUUUACUUUUAAUAGUGAUCUAUCGCCUGUUUUAUCAAGUGCUGUCUGAAAUAUUUAUAUUUGAUCUACAUUUUAUAUGUUUUUCUAAUUCAUUUUGUAUCCAACAUAAAUUUAUAUCUACAAUUUCAUUUGUAUGAGAGCUCUUAAAUUUAAUCUUUAAUUAAAUCCCAAUUAAACGUUAGUCAUUUUUUAACAAACAUGUAUGUCUAAAGAAAACCUAUGAAAACUAACCUAGAGUCUAUUGUACUUGAUAGCUUAGUGCUAGUGUUUUUGAAUGAUUUUAAAUCUGCACCAUAGUAGAUGGGCGGAGCCCUGUGAAUAUUGUAGUUCUUUUCUUCUAGCCGUUUGAGAGUUUGAUUGUCUGUCUGAAGUCUUCUUUCAGUCUUAAGUCUUCUACUGUGGCUAUCAGGAAAAUGUAGUGUCACAAUUUAACUAUUGCAGUUGUAAUGUUAUAAUAAUGUUGUUGUGGUAUGUAUGAUGUAAUAUAUUAUUUUUAUUUUAUGUUUCAAACCGGUAUGAAUUACCAAAGGUGUUAGCUAUUCGAAUAGUGACUUAGAUAUUUUUUACCGCCGCAUAUUUUCAUAGUACUCUCUGUUGACAGGGUUUCAUUUUUGUCUCUAUUAUACAUUUAAUGAAAUCAAAAUCAAUUUAAAUAUUAUUUUUGUAUAGUUAAAUGUAUAUAUAUUAUUUGAA